AGCUGCCAAACCCCGGAAGCAGGAAUAUCGAACCAGGCACUACUAGCAGAUCGCCGAGUACGGUCGACCUAUAAAAUAACAUAACUUUAUAAACGCGAAAAGGUCAUUAAAUGUUCUUCGUUUUUUAGCUUGCAGUGGUGCAAAUAUACGUCAAACUUUUAAACAUUACUCUCUUGACUGUAAUAAUUGUCGCAGAAAUCUGCAUUUGACGAUAAACUUUCUAAGCACGUUGCCAAGCAACGGAAAGUUAAAACUUAACGGCAUUUGGACUCAGUUACAGUUUGUCCACAAAGAAUGCUCUUCAUUUGAUGUAUGACGCUAAACCGGUCUGGUGAAUGUAACCACUAACCACAAUAAGCAUUCUUAACAUGAAAAUGAGCCACCAAUCCUGCAAAAGCUUUCCACAUAAACACAACUUGCCGAAGAUAUCCAAUGACCACCAUAGUAUCAAAGCCAAGUCUUCAUGUCAUGCAGCCAGUGCUAUCCACAACUGCAAAUCAUUGUGCAGUAGCAGCAUGAACACAGAUGUGCAUUGCAACUUAUCACAUAAAGUAAGGCGUCUUAAAACCAGGAAGGAGAGGAAUCAGAUUCGAGGUCAAGAGAGAAACAAGUCUCACACAUACCAUCAGCUCAGCAGAACAGGAGGCGGUGAGAAAGCACAGUGCUGCAACAUCCAUCCACUGUUUUGUUCAAGAAAAGAGAGGACAUUCGCUAAGCCAUUCAUUCCCCAGAAGCCAAGCAUCAUAACUGAAGGGCGCCUUACGUCCAUCCGAGGCCUUUUCAGCCAUGAGGUUAGGUCCAUAGAUAUUGAGAGGUUGGUGAGCGAGCAAAUAAAGAGAGAUAAGCAGAGAAAAGAGCAAAGAAAACCGUCUAUGGCACACAUUUCAUCACCACAAUCUCCCUCAGUACCUGAUUCAGACCAGGACUGCACUCUCAAUGAAGUACAGGAACCCCUCCAGGAACAAGAAAACAAUACGCCACCACAAGUGAAGAGGAAGAAAAGUUCAAGAAAAGAGCUUAUUGGAAAAAACAGUGGUAUUCAGACUAAUAGAGGAGUCGCAGGACCUAUGGGAUUAUCUAGAGAAGAUGGAAAGUAUGUCAGAAAUGCCAACGCCAGGAAAGAAGAUACUAAUAGUAAAACAAGACAAGAAAGUCCAAGUAGCCCAAGAGAAACUGAACAUAUGGUUUUGUCAUCCUUAGAAAAUGAACCAGUUCAUCAGUUAUGCUCAACUCCAGUUGAAACUAAUAUGAAUAAGUCUGAUAUUUCAGAAACAUGCACUCUCAAGCCCCAUAAUGAAGGAAACCAAGAAAAUGCUUUAAUGAAUAUUCAGAGAUUUGAGAAAACAAACGUGGAAGUUCCGCAAAUGUUGGAAAAUCCGCAAACGUUAACCUCUCUGUCUGAACUGGACUCUGGGUCUGGUCAAUUAGCAGAUAAUGUCAAGCAGAGGGAGCAAAUGUCAUUGUCUUGUAGGGAAGCAGUGAAAAGGUUGGCAACACGUUUGUGCCAGGCUUCAGAGCUCCAUGUGCCAAGCCAUCGGCGUCCCCUGCUGGCCGAGUGUAGAGAGACGCUAAUGCAGACUUUACAAAAGAGACACAGUUUCCAGUUAGAGCACAACCUGCAUAGGCUACUUUCAUUCUUGAAUGGGAAGCAAAUGGCCUCUCAGCUUAGCUCAGGACAGAGACAUGAAGAUUGUUCAUCUUUUAGCCAUGCAGUGGAGAACAAGGAUAGGUGUUACAGCAGGAACAUGGAUAUUUGGACAGACAGUGCCAUGCAGCAUGAUUACUUAACAGAAGAAGUUAAGAUGGACUUGGACAGAGGAGUUUCAACCAAGAAACAUUGGGUACAAGAGUGGAACACCUUUUCCCCUUCAUUCUCUCUAGAAGAACCACUACAAUCACACACAGACAUGUCUUUGCAGUUUGGCCAGUGGAGGGCAGCUGAAUUUUCUCAGGAUUGCUUCAUAGCUCAGAAUAAUCCCAGCAGAGACCUCUUUAACCAGAGCCAGACCUUUACCCAGCAUGCCGCCCCUAUACUCAGAGCCCCCACCUGGCUUGAUCAUCCGGUGAACUCCUUUUCCCAGCAGCGGUCACUGAGCACAGGAGAGAGUUUGAAAAGUGUACAUUUUGAUCGCUCCAGAAUCUCUCAACAGUGCACAGAAGAAACAGAUCAUAAUUUUAUAUAUGAGAGCAGAAAACAAGAAACAAACAAACCAUCUUUUGGAGGAUCCAGAUUCUGGUCCCAUCAGCAGCAAGUUCAGGAUGAAAGAGAAAGAUGGGCUCCCUUGCCAUUCUCAGCAUCCUAUCUUUCAGAGGGCUUUCAGUACGAGCCCUUUGUUCGGUGUCCACAUCCAUAUAGCACACAGCGCAGGUCAGACCAUCUUGGUAUGACACACUGUCCCAGGUCAAUUACACCAUUUUAUCCACCCCUUUACCUAUAGAAAAGGCUGUUUGCCAUGGUUAGUCUCAUCUAAUCAUCAUUGGUGAUGAUAUGGUCCAACUAUGCAUACAUCUUACCGUCUUUGUACGAGUAACUUUUUUUCUUUUUUCUUUUUUUUUGCAUUACAGAUUUACCUUUUUAUAUUUACAAAAAUUGAAAGACCAUCACCUCUACAUGUGAUUUGAAUUUGAGAGUUCAGUGUGCUUACAUUAUGAUUUCUCUAAUAUGUUCGUAUAUACUGGUAACACAUGUAGUAAGAGUGAAAAGAACUUUUUAAGAUCAAAUAACUCUGUGCUGUAUAAAUAUCAAAAGCCCUGCACAAUAAGCUUCUUUUGUUCUCCUGCAUUAAUAGAGUAAAUGUUUAUUGUUUACUGUCUUUAUUUAUUUUAUUUAUUAAUUUAGUCAUAGGCUUUUUUUCCCUUAGAUACAGUAUACUGUAAAAUAAGCUGCAUGUGAUUUUGUUAUAUCCUUUUAAUAAAGCAGUACAAAAUUUA